GGGAGAUGGGAUUCAGCCUGAGCAAACCCGCCGAGAGACGACCAGGGACGGGGGAGGAAACUUUGUGAAGACGCUGAAACCUGCUGAAUUUGGGAUUAUCUGCGGGUCAUGGACGGUGUCGUCUAGCGGAGUUGUUGGCGCUUUCCUGGGUUGCGCGCUUGCAGCAGAGCGGACCUCGCAGUGCGGCUCCAGGCGGCUCUGAAGGAAACCAUAUCUGGUCAAAGUAUUCGUUGCUGUCACCCAGCGGGACCGUCCGGCUAUAAAUAGCGCUGGAGGAGGUCUGUCUCUCUUUCCCAGGAGCGCUACAGGCACUUGGCUGCCUUUGCUGUUAUUUUAGCCCUGAGCUGGGGGUCAUUGAGGGUCUUCCAGGCUCCUGAUCUACAUUUUGUCUUUUCGUGUGGAGGGGUUAUUGAGGUGUGCUGUCCGUCAUGUCGGUGUUGAAGAAGGAGAUGGAGAAGUACAGGGACAUAGAUGAGGACGAGCUGCUGAAGAAACUCUCAGAGGAAGAGCUGCAGCGGUUAGAGGAUGAAUUAGAGGAGCUGGAUCCUGAUAAUGCGUUGUUGCCAGCUGGGAUGAGGCAGAAGGACCAGACUAAGAAAGCUCCGACAGGAACGUUUCAGAGAGAUAACCUCCUGGCCCAUCUGGAGAAACAAGCCAAAGAGCACCCAGACAGAGAAGACCUGGUGCCUUUCACAGGGGAGAAGAGAGGGAAAGCCUGGGUACCUAAAAAGAGGGUGGACCCCAUCAUAGAGAGCGUGACCCUGGAGCCAGAGCUAGAAGAAGCCCUUGCUAGUGCUAGUGAUGCUGAACUAUGUGACAUUGCAGCCAUCCUGGGUAUGCACACCCUGAUGAGUAACCAGCAGUACUAUGAAGCCCUGGCCAGCAGCACCAUAGUCAACAAGCAAGGCCUCAACAGUGUGAUCCAGUGCACCCAGUAUAAACCAGUCCCCGAUGAGGAGCCCAACUCCACUGACGUAGAAGAGACCCUGAUGAGAGUGAAGAGGAACGACCCUGACCUAGUUGAGGUCAACCUCAACAACAUCAGGAACAUCCCUAUCCCAACUCUGAAAGUGUACGCUGAGGCUCUGAUGAAGAACACUGUGGUGGAGCGGUUCAGUAUCGUAGGAACCAGAAGCAAUGACCCCGUAGCAUUUGCCCUGGCAGAGAUGUUGAAGGUUAACACGACGCUGAAGAGCCUGAAUGUUGAGUCCAACUUCAUCACAGGGACUGGAAUCCUGGCCCUCAUAGAGUCACUGCAGAAUAACACCACGCUACUGGAGCUGAAGAUAGACAAUCAGAGCCAGCCCUUAGGCAACAAGGUGGAAAUGGAGAUCGCCAGCAUGCUGGAGAAAAACACCACACUGUUGAAGUUUGGCUACCAUUUCACCCAGCAGGGCCCGCGCCUCCGAGGCUCCAACGCCAUGAUGAACAACAACGACCUGGCCCGUGUCGUCAGGUCAGAGUCGGACGGCUCCUUCACCCUCACUCUGUCUGUCCCUGAGCUGGAGAGGGCCUUUGGGAAAAAGUUCAAGUCCAAGACAAAUAAGAAAGAGAAGGCUUGAGGGAGGACCCAUCUUCCCUAAGUGUCGGACGAAUGUGUAGAAACCAGGGUUACCUUCAAUUCCCUGUUCCCCCUUGACCCCCAUCAUCUUUAUGGAACCUCUUCUCUUCUUCAAGCCUCACAACCUCUGACGAGCUACCCAGAAGACCAUGACAACCACGUCAUGUUCAGUUGUUCAGGGUUUUUGUUUUUGGAAAAGUUCUGAACUCUUACUGCUUUCUAGACCUUUUCUAGUAGAUAUUAGAGGAUUAAUCAGCAUUUUUGUCCCUCUGAGCUUUCAGUUCAUGCAAAAAGUACUUGGUAUCUUUUUGGCUUGGACUUAGGUUUGGACAACAAUACUUGCAGCUCUUUGUACGAACUAACCAGGCAUUGCUUAGUCUCAUCUUGAAUCCUUUAAAAUCUUAUGAAGUGUCUAGAUUCCAUAAUAAAGGGGCUGGAGGUCUGGUUUUGAAUGAGGGCCCAUUUGAAAGGUCAGGGGCCUUUAAGUGAUCUGUGUUCCUAUUGAGUUGAAUGAAUUCUAAUAAUUAUUAUUAUUAUUGUGCUGUAAAUGAACUGUGCUGUCAUUACUGUUGUUGCCAACAGUUUCUGAGGUUGCUUUAAGGUCGGCAUACAAGGUAUUUACUACCAACUAUUACACCAAAGCCCAUAUUAAUUUGACAGACAAAAUUUUAAAAAUAUAUAUAUAUAUAUGAGGUAUACUGUAAUGUCACAUUUUGACCCGGCCAUGAAAAUCUGAUGUUAUUGUCUUUUCCUAUUCGGUCUAAACAGUAUUUUAAUAACUCACUGUCCUCAGAUACUAAGCUAUCCAGAUUCUUCAGUAACAGAUAGAUUUAUAAACCUGGCUACUGUGAGAUUUGUUGCUAUAUACAGAAUAUAUUUAUUUGUGACAGACCUGGGAAAGAGUCAGAAAGAAAUUCAGAUACUUGACAUAACUUGGAUCGAUUGUGCUGGAUAGUGUAAUAACUAGUGUAAAAUAUGUUGCUGUAAAUGAAAAUGUACACUCUAAUUACUCUUUACACUGUUACACUAUCAAACAUUAAUUUUAGCAGCCUCUGCAGAGAAAUCCUACAAGCUGAGAAUGACAACUGCCAUUUCAAAUUUUAUUCACUGAGAUCAGAUAUUCAAUCAACCCACUGUAAAAUAUCCUACAAACACCAUCUUCUUAUGUAGAAGAAACUCUACAUGGAUGACCCAAAGAACUACAAGCAUUCGAAUGGAUUUCUGCUACUGCUACACUUUCAACCAGGUCUGGUUUGUUGAUUGUUUGUGUUUGUUUAUUUUUAUUUACUGGAGCUAAAAAAAAAAAAAGUGUGCCAUAAUGCGAACUGGUUGGUACUGUUGACUUACUGUUUAUUACAGGUUUCACAUUAAUGCCUCAAUCCAGGUUUGGACUGUUUUAGAAAUGGAUGUUAGAUGCAGAUUUAAAAACACAGGAAACCUCGAAUGUCUUUACAGCUGUCAGAUUAUGCAGAUCCAUUUUAUUUAAAUAAGGAAAUGUUUAGGUGAUACGUAGUUUCAGAAUGUUUACCUGUUUGAUGGGUCUUAAAUCAACCAGUGAACAUCUGAAAUAUUGUAUUACACUUUCAUCUUGAUUUGAUCCGUAAAGAGUUCAUAAUGGAAAUGUUCUUAGAGGUACCACAUUGUUACGUCCUUGUUACUAACACCUACACCCAACUAUAGCUAUGUUGGUAAUGAUUAUGCUGCUGUGCAUUUGGCAGCACUUGAAGGGAUGUCCUCCAACUUUAAAAUCAACAGAACAAUGAGAAAAAAGAAGGCUUAGCUACUCUCUAACCAGGAACUAGAGCUAAAACGUCCAUUAUUUUUUCAAGAUGAAAUGUGUCUCUAUUUCCUGCAUAAAGAAAAUGGGUAAACUACCAGUUACAGACUUGAAGGUAAAACUGCUCCCACCAUCUAUGUUUUCUUGAUGUGAACAACUGUACCUGAUACUGACAAAGAUUAAAGAUUUAAAAAAAAAUCUGACGGCAUGUUUAAGGGUUAAAUAACCCAUUUAAUGUCAUUUCAUACAGUAUCACUACUUUGUUACUUUCUCGUCAUUGCUGUAGGUGUUGUUGAACAAAUGGUUAUUAAUGGAUGUAAACAUUUGUGCGACAGUAAGUAACUGAAGGGGGCAAAGACUCUGCCCCUGCCACUCAGUCUUUGUGUGUCCUGUUCUUUUCUUCUGUCCAGUGUUCUCUGAUAUUUUAGUGCUUGAGUCUGUGUUUUGUUAGAUAGUUCAACUUUAUUUGGUUGAAUUUUUGUUUAAGGGAUAAAUAAAGCUUAAAAAAUAA